AUGAUUUUCCAAGUCACUUGUGUAUUUUUACUUUUAACCACUAAUAUUUCAUGUCGCGAUGACACGGAAAUAAAAUCUGAAGAAGAUGUAGGUGUGAAGUAUGCCAAUAGGUGUGAAGUCUGCAAAGUUCUUGCUACCGAGUUACAGAGCAGGCUGGAGGAGACCGGCAAAAUUCGCGAUGUCAUCGAAAUAGGAUACUCCUUAGACGACGUGCAACCUAAAAAAAAGACCAAGUACCAAAAAUCUGAAUUGAGGCUGAUUGAGUCGUUAGAAGGAGUUUGUGAUAAAAUUCUAGAAUAUAACAUUCAUAAAGAGCGUCAGGACAGUACCAGGUUUUCCAAAGGCAUGAGUCAAACAUUCAAGACUCUUCACGGUUUGGUCGAUAAAGGAGUAAAGGUCGAACUCGGUAUUCCUUAUGAGUUGUGGGACAAACCUUCGGCUGAGAUUACACAUAUGAAAACACAAUGUGAGAGUCUUCUAGAAGAGAAUGAAAGCGCCAUUGAAGAUUGGUAUUGGAAUCACCAAGAGGAUAUUGAACUUAAAACUCAUUUAUGCACUGAACAUGCAUUAAGGGGCAGCGAUUCUUCAUGUUUAUCUGAAGAACUGACAACUGUUAAGGGUGAGAGAGGUAAAGCUGACAAAACGGAACUGUGA